AUGCUUCAGGUCAAGUACGGCCUUGGCCAGCACAUCGGCGACGUUCCCGAGGAGCACCUCGAAAAGUUCUUCCAGUGCCUCUGGGCGACGAUUCCCGUCUACAAUCUGUCGUUGAUUUUCAGCAAGCUGUCCAUCAUCUUCCAGUACAAGCAUGUGUUCGCUGUGGCCAUUGUCCAGCGGAUCUGCUUCUUUUUCCUCAUCUUCCUGGGCAUCUACGGCUGCUGGGCCUUUUUCGGCUCGGUCUUUAUGUGCGUCCCCGUCCAGUACUUCUGGGGCGUGGGUGAAGGCCACUGCCUCAACAAGCUCGCCUUCUGGUUCUCCAACGCCUCGAUCAACAUUGCGACCGACAUUGCCAUUAUUCUUCUCCCCAUGCCCUUGAUCAAGGGCCUUCAGAUUCCCACGCGCCAGAAGGUCAUUCUCAUGGUCAUCUUCGCCUUUGGCACAGUUGUUUGCAUCACAUCCAUUAUUCGUCUCCGCUCUCUCUUGUCCAUCUCGGUCUCUCCAGACACAACAUUUGCCGGUGUCGAUAUCGCCAUGUGGAGCAACAUCGAGAUCAAUGUCGCCAUCAUCUGCGCGUCUGCGCCCGCCCUCAAGCCAUUCGUGUCCCGGAUCGCACCCAAGCUGCUCGGAUCCUCUGGCAACAGCGGCAACAGAAGCCGCGGCACCGGCUAUGGCCCCAACAGCCAGCGUGGCGAUGCGUUUGGCAUGAAUUCCUUCAACCGCAAAGCCACGGCGUCCGGCACCGGCCGCAACCCGUCGGGCAGCAACGACCGCGACAUCUACGUACAGCACACGUUUGAGAUUCUCGACGACGGGGAUGGGAAGACGAGCCGUGAAGGCAGUGAACGAAACCUCGUGCGUGGCAAGGAUGUAUGA